UUUCAGCCACCACCUUCUGCCGAUGAUCUAGCUGCAAAUCCUCAUUUACAACCUCCACCCCCAUUUAGACAGUUUCUCAUUUCCCCACCCUGUUCUCCACCAGUUGGAUGGGGACAAGGUCUUGAAGCCAGUCCUGUUAUCAACUAUGAUCUUCUAGCUGCUCUCACAAAUAUGUCUCCUGGUGAAGCACAUGAAUUACAUCCAGCAGUUGAUGAUAAACCAAGUAUAGUUGUGCAUACAUGUGAAGAUUCUGAGAACGCUGUCAAGACUGGAUCAAUUACUCAAACUACGUGUCCACCACGAAGGUGACAAGGAGGGCAGUGAUCAUCAAUAAAAUACUUAGCUUAAUUCUCCAUGUGUAUCAAACAUUUUAUUGCUUGCAAUAUCAUUAUCUGAAUAGUUAACAUGUCAUAUUCUGUCAUUAGUAAAC